ACUCAAACCUCGCGCAUCGUACUCAUUCCAGAGUACACCACAGUGCACCCCCUACUAAUACCGGUUGAUUCAUUUCUUUGACCAUCCUCAUCCACGAUGGUGUCUCCCCUGAAUUCCGCGCGUCGUCCUCACAUCGGAGGUAAGUCGAUCUAUCCGACCGGUCGAGGCAAAGCCGCCGCUCUUGGUCGUGGUAAAGGCGGGGAGGGUUUGGGUGUUGGAGUCAAGAGACAACGCAAGUUGCUCAAAGAGACUAUCGACGGUAUCACUCGUAGUGACAUUCGUCGUCUUGCGCGCCGUGGUGGGGUCAAGCGGAUCUCUGCCCCGAUCUAUUCUGACACUCGCUCUGCUCUCAAGGAGUAUCUGGCAAACAUUAUCAAGAACUGUGUUGCCAUAUCUGACCACUGCCAUCGCAAGACAGUGACUGUCGAUGAUGUCAUCUUUGCAUUGAAGGGAAUCGGUCGUCCUAUCUAUGGCUUUGGUACUCCGAAGAUGCUGACAUGAUUCCCAUGCUGUCACUGUGUCAACACUUUACGAAAGCAUACACGAAUCUUCUCUUUACGAAUUCCUCGACUUUUUUCGCGUCAUACGGUAUGGGCGUUAGGAUACAGUCAAAGAUACCCGGGGGGAUAGUUAGAUCAGGAGCGAUGUGCUGGGGCGUCUUGUGCGGGUUUGUUAUGCCCUGGGAAAUGUCAAACAGGGUGCAAUAACUAGCAGAUCAUACACUACUGGUACCAAGGUAGCUCAUGAAGAAAUGAUCUCUUGAUGCAG